AUGACUACGUUGGUUCAAUGGAAUAGAUAUGCCGGGAGCGUACAUCUCACUGGCAACACGUACGAUUUAGUACAGUGUCACUGGCACACGCCUUCUGAACAUACGCUCGGAGGACGAAGGUACGACAUGGAACUGCACAUGCUCCAUAGAAGUUCUGAAGGACAGCUUGCAGUAAUUGCUAUCCUAUAUCAAUUAGGACGUUCUGAUCAGUUUCUCAAUAAGGUUUUAGAAAGUACUAAUAAUUUAACAAAAGGUGAAGAAGAAAUUGAUUUGGGUGAUGUUGAUCCAUGGGAUAUCAAGUUUGGAAGCAGAAAGUAUUAUAGAUAUAUGGGUUCUCUCACAACUCCUCCAUGCACAAAAGAUGUUCUUUGGACACUCCUUAAUAAGGUGAGAACGGCAUCAAAGGAGCAAAUUACAAUAUUAAGGAAAGCUGCCCAUGAUGGUUUCAAAAAUAACACAAGACCACUUCAACCUCUCAAUGGGAGAAUGGUGUUAAAGUAUCAUCCCCACUCUUUAUGAGAAAUCUAGCAUGCAAUGAGUCAAGUAGCACUCUAUUUUAUCAAACCAAAUUUCCUUAUUUAAAUAUUGUGGAUUUUAA